ACUCCAUAAAUGGAAAGGAAUAUGCACCAGUAGUUGGGGAAUAUUUGGACUGUAGUUCCAGAAAAGUUCUCAAAAGGAUAUCUGGCUACUCCAACUUGUUGCCUACAUGGUGCUGAUCAGUAUUGUUAGGGUACUAGAUAACUUCAGAUUCAUUAGUGAUUGUUGCAUUUUUGAUGUCUUAUAAGUUUCUUUUUUCAGACUGCUAUAAGUUUGUUGCCAGCAAAUUUUACUGAAAGAUUUUCCCCACUGACUUUUUCCUCUUUCCCUGGGUAUAGUUUCUAGGGAUCUCCCUGAAACCAGGAUAGUGGGAGGAAUAAGGGUGGUAAUGUGUGAUAUGUAUGCUUAUUUGGGUUCUGGUGAUACCUGGACCUGUAAGGUUAUGGCUCUGAAAGACAAGCCAGCCUUAACUGAACUUAUUUUCAAGCCAAGUUUACAAGUCCAACAAGUAUGAAAAAUAGUUUUGUAAAAUUGUCUAACAUUCAAGAAUGCUGAACCUCGCCAAAGAAGACUGUUAUAUUGAGUGUCUUCAGUUACAAUGUAGAUGUAACCAAAAGUAUGUAUUAUAUCACCAUCUUCAUAAACUGUUAAAAUCCAGGUGGGGCAGUGUUCUUUAUCUCCUCCAUGACUCAUCCCUGAUAACUCCCUGUGGGGAGUUAUCUUCUGCUUAAUGGGCCAUUGAGUCUCACUGCAUGACUGAUAAAAUGACAUCAUCCCAUUGUGAGAUGCUCUGCUCUGGGGGAGGAGCCAAGAAUUCUUACCUGGAUAUGAACUGAGCUGUGGAACACCACAGGCAGCUUUACCUACUAGACUCCCAGAGGACAAGAGCCAAAGUAACCCCCACUAAAGCUGCAGAGGAAGACCAGACCCUUCUAGAGGAUCACUGCUCUAAGAGAACUACAUCUGUCACUCCAGGAGGACUGCUGCCACCAUUUAAUGGGACUGCUGCCACCACCCUGACCCACAGGCUGUCAGGUUGUGUCCUAAAUCUGUCAGUUUAAACCAGUGUUUUCUGCAUUUAUUUUUUAAUCAGCAGCACAUGAUGACGGAGGAGAGCAGUGUCUGCAGCUUUGUGUUCAAGAAGCGGGUGCGAGCUGCAGGCAGCAGCCGGCGGAAAUGGCCUGGCAGUGAGCAGGAGCAGGACAGCAGUGGGGAAGAGGGCAGCACCGUGGUGCGCAAGAAGUUGCCCAGGGACACCCCCAACUCCAUGAUCCAGAAGACUAGGUGCUGCAUGAGGGAGAGGCUGGAGUAUGCGCCAAGCAGCAGCGAGGAUGAGGAUCCUGCCAAGGAAAUCGGGGUCACCUACAAAUCAACCAGGUCGGCAAAACCUGUUGGCCCAGAAGACAUGGGGGCCACAGCAGUGUAUGAACUGGACACGGAGAAGGAUGCCCAGGCUAUCUUUGAGCGCAGCCAAAAAAUCCAGGAGAAGCUGAGAGGAAAGGAAGAUGAUAAAAUUUAUCAUGGCAUUAAUAACUACCAGAAGUAUGUGAAGCCCAAGGACACAUCGAUGGGAAAUACCUCCUCAGGAAUGGUCAGAAAAGGCCCCAUGCGUGCUCCGGAGCACUUGCAGGCCACAGUGCGCUGGGACUACCAGCCUGACAUCUGCAAGGACUACAAAGAGACUGGAUUCUGUGGCUUUGGGGAUAGCUGCAAAUUCCUGCACGACCGCUCGGACUACAAGCACGGCUGGCAGAUUGAACGGGAGCUGGACGAGGGCCACUACGGCGUCAAUGACAGUGGAAACUAUGAGGUGAGCAGUGAUGAGGAGGACAUGCCUUUCAAAUGCUUCAUCUGCAGAGGUUCCUUCCAGAACCCUGUGGUCACCAAGUGUCGGCACUACUUCUGUGAGAGCUGUGCCCUACAGCACUACCGCAAAUCCCAGCGCUGUUAUGUCUGUGAGAAGCAAAUCAACGGGGUCUUCAACCCUGCAAAAGACCUCAUGGCAAAAUUGGAAAAACACAAAGGGGAGGAAGAAGAGGGGCAACAGUCAUGCCAUGAAGAGGAUCCAAAGCAGCAGAAAAAGUUUUGUACAUAACUGAAUGAAACUUUUGUAAAAGGGGAAAAAAAAAGUGUGGGGUGGGUGUAAACCCCCCACAAAAGACUUAAGUCUUGGGUGCUCUCAUGUUUUUCACUUGCAUUCCACAUAACUCAGGAUGCUGACAGUUUGUCAGAAUCAGUAUGUUGUCAACAAUGGCAAGACAAUAUCCAUCACUCUACUUGAACCCCAAGACUUAAACAUUUGAGAAACAUCAGUAGCAGAAGGAUGUGUGUUUUUAAUUGAGAUGGUUUUGAGUUGAAAAGUUUCUUGUUUGUAGUGUUGAGUUGUAAUUUGCAGAUAUAUUUGGUAUAUGGGGACUUAAGGAUUUUAUCUAUUUAAGGACAUGGGUCACAAACCUAAACUAAGACAAAAUGUUUCUUCUGUUCCUUUUUUCUGACAGUUCUGAAGCUGAAUUGUUUUUUGUUUGUAGUGUUAAGUUUUAAUUUGUAAUUUCUAAGUAAUGAGCCUGCAGCAUGUUAGCAUGGAAAAUUGUAUUACUGGUGAUCUUGUUUGACAGCUCCUGGACAGUACAUGGGAUACAUCCCUGCCUGGGGGGUUAAGCUUGUCCAGUUGGUUGGAGAGCCUUAUUUGACCUGGGCUUAUCAUCUGUGACAUCAUGCUGUCUGUCAUCCUGUCUGUCACACUGCUGCUGAUUUGAAGCUGCCCCCCAAACCCAACCAGCCUAGAAGGAAGCCAGUCCCUGAGUGAACAAGGAUAGGCUGGAUUCAAAUCUACACAGGGACCCUCAGCCAUUGCCAUUCAACCCUAAAUACAGAUAUAUUAUUGGUCAGAGAGCUGGUCAGUGCUAAGACCUCAAUGAAUCACAUGUGUAAGCUUGGCAAAUUUGAAGCUCCUAUAAAAGGAGCUGUGAGAAUAAACUUGAGGCUGUUUGUCACAA